AUGCAAGCAACGAGCGAAUCGUACAGGAACGGACGACCGAAGCCAAGCCAAGAACGCGACGCGUGCGCCAUGGUGCUCUCCUUCGUCGUGCGCCGCCGCGAGCUGGAGCUCAUCCGCCCAGCCUCGCCUACGCCGCGGGAGGUCAAGCGCCUCUCCGACGUCGACGACCAAGGGACCCUGCGGGCGAACGUUCGCGGCUUCUUCUUCUACCGCGGCGUGCUGCGUGGCGGGUCUGGCGACGACCCGGUGGGCGCCAUCCGCCGAGCCUUGUCGGAGGCGUUGGUGCACUACUACCCGUUCGCUGGGCGACUCCGCGAGCUGGAAGGCCGGAAGCUGGUCGUGGACUGCACCGGCGAGGGGGUCACGUUCGUAGAGGCAGACGCUGACGUUCGGUUCACGGACCUCGAGGUGGCCGCCGGGCCUGGGCUGACGCCGCCGUUCCCGUGCGUGGACGAGCUCGCCUUCGACGCGGACGGCGUCAGCGGCGGCAUACUCGGCUGCCCCUUGGUGCUCAUUCAGGUGACGCGGCUCCUGUGCGGCGGCUUCAUCGUGGGGCAUCGCUUCAACCACACCAUGUGCGACGCCCAGGGCAUCGUGAUGUUCAUGAACGCCGUCGCCGAGCUCGCGCGAGGCCUCCCCUGUCCGACCGUGGCGCCAACGUGGUCCCGUGAUCUUCUCGACGCACGAAACCCUCCGGUGCCGUCGUUCCCGCACCGCGAGUACGACGAUGUCGUGGCGCCCCUGCCGCCAUCAACCGGCGACAUGGUCAUGCGCUCCUUCCUGUUCGGCCCUUCCGACGUCGCCGCGAUGAAGAAAUCCCUUCCGCCUGGUCUCCGCGACACGGCCACGAGCUUCGAGGUGCUGGCAGCGUUCUUGUGGCGCGCACGCACGGCGGCGCUGGCUCUCCGGUCGGACGAGGAGACGCGGCUUGUGACCGUCGUCAACAUGAGGAGACACGUCGGUCUAGGCCUGCCCGCCGGCUACUACGGUUACGCCUGCGCCAACCCGACGGUGGUGAUGGCCGCCGGGUCGUUGCUGAGCCGCCCGAUGGGAGAUGUGGUGGAGCUGGUUCGGGAGGCGAAGGCGUCGGUGACGGCCGAGUACGCGCGUUCCAUGGUAGACUACCUGGUGCUGCACGGGCGGCCUGCGUUGGCCGCGGCGAACCUGUUCACCCUCACCGACCUCAGGCGCAUAGGCUUCGAUCGUGUGGACUUCGGCUGGGGCGAGCCGGUGUAUGCCGGCGCGGCCAGAUCAAUGCUCUGGGUGAGCUCGUUGAUUACCGUCAAGAACGGCGGCGGGCAGAAUGUGGUGGCCGUGCCGGUCGCGCUGCCGAGGCUGGCCAUGGAGCGGUUCGCGUCCGAGAUCGAGAAGUUGGCCAAGAUUUAGCCGCCAGCAACAGCCAACUGCAUGUGUCACAUGGGCCUCAAGUGCGGCGGCAAAUGGUUCUCGCUCUCUUUGGAAGUGUGUUUGGCAAUCCUCGGUUCCGCAGAAGAUGAAGAUAACUGCUUGGAAAAUUGUUUCUGGAGUGCUACCGACACAACAAUGUAAAAUGUUGCGACAUAUAUCCACAAGUUCAACGUGCCAACUUUGUGGUCUGGAGGAGGAAGGUACAUAUCAUGCUUUGAUCGCAUGCAUCCAUGCGAGAGAGGUUUGGCUGAAUAUGCGUACAAGAUGGCCCCUACCUCCUGAUGAUCUCCUAGUUGAUAAUGGUAGGGAAUGGCUUAUGCACCUCUUAUACAGGUGUUCGGAUGAUGUGCCUGACAUGAUUAUCAUGCUAGUAUGGCGCAUUUGGCAGCUACGCAACGACCAAACUCAUGGUAAAGAGAUACCGCCAGUUUCUUCUACGGUGGAAUUCCUGGACAGUUAUUAUAAAUUCAUUAAGUUAGCAGGACGUUAUUCGGUGGAUGAAAUUCUGAAAGGUAAAAUGCCAUCUUCGGCAACUCAGAUAGUUCUGCCCAGGAGGGAGGCUCCUUCCUUGCCUUGGUCGGCGCCGAGUCCAGGAUAUGCUGCUCUGUCAGUUGAUGGAUCAUUUCAGGAGUCAGAUAGCUCGGCGGCCGCCGGUAUGGUUCUGCGAGAUCAUGAGGGACAGAUCAUUUUUGCUGCAUACCGGGUCCUGUUUUAUUGCAACGAUGCCCUGGAAGCUGAAAUUCAUGCGCUGAUGCAAGGUAUGGCCUUGGCAAUCCAACAAACGGAUCUUCCAGUCGUCGUCUAGUCGGAUUCUUCAGAAGCCUUAGCGAGCCUAUCGAGCAAUGCUUUAACUCGCUCAACUUAUGGUCAUUUGGUCCGAGAGAUUAAGGAGUUGAUGAGUAAUAGGGAGUUUGUAUCUCAGAAAAUUUAUCGCACUUAGAAUAGAGUUGCCGAUCGGUUGGCCAAUUAUAGCCGUUCUGAGCGAACUACAGCUGUGUGGUUGCGUUCGGUUCCACCUUGUAUUGAGGGUUUGUGGCCUCUCGACUGUAACACUAUGACAUCUUAAUAAACUCCCUUUAUCCCGCAAAAAAAA